GUCCUUGAUGUCCCCAUGUCCCGCUGUCGCUCCGCGGUCCCGCAGCUCCGGCGCGCCCGGGCUGCUGCCCACACCCAACAUGGCCGCCGUGCCGCCGCCGCGCUGGCCCCUGCCGGCCGCCGUAGCCCGCGCUUCCUCUCCAAGAUGGCGGCGCCCAGUGGGAGGAGCGGCCGGAGCUCGUGGGCCGCGCUGGUACCCGCAGCCCUGCUGUGCCUGGCGGCCCGAGCGGCCGCAGGACCGGGCACGGCCCCGGGCGCGGCCCCGAGCACGGCCGGGUUCGACGUGCGGCCCGGCGGGGAGGUUCAUUCCUUCUCCCGGGGCCUGGGGGAUUUCAGCUGCACCUUCACCUACUCAGCCCAGGGCGGCACAAACGAGCAGUGGCAGAUGAACGUCGCAGUGAGCGAGGACAGCAACGGGCUCUUCUCCUGCUCCAUCUGGAGGCCCCAAGGGAAGUCUUAUCUCUUCUUUACCCAGUUUAAAGCUGAAGUGAAAGGAGCCAAGAUAGAGCAUGCCAUGGCUUAUUCUCAGGCUGCUGUGGGUGCCCAGAGCGACGUCCCCUUAAAACAGGAGGAGUUUGAAGUCACUGAAACAGCAGUGUCUCACAGGGAAGGCAAGUUCCGCUUCGAGCUGUCCAAACUCGAGAUCGUAGCAAAACCCGCCCGUGACGAGCUGUGAGCCCGAGGCCGGCCCGGGCAGGGGCUGGGCAGGGCAGCGUGGCAGGGAAGGGAUUUCCUGCAGGGUUUUUCUUUUGGCUGGCCCAACCUUUUGUGUUUUCCAUCCUGAAAUGUGCUGGGGACGCGCGGGGGGCUCGGAGGUGCUGUGCCUGUGUCAGUGACAGCUCUGCAGCUGGAAACCCCCGGGGCUCCCCCUCCUCCUGUGCCCUGCCCGGGCUGCUGGGCAGGGCUGAGCUCCCUGCACAGGGCUCCUUAUCUGCCUGGAAGAGCAGUGCAGGGAGAUAAGGGCUGAGUUAAGCAGGGCUGCCUGAAGGGAAGCUGUUAACUCUGUAGUCUCUGGAGGGGAGAUGGGAUUUCUCUCUCCACCAGCGUGACAGAAGGAAAUAAUUCGUUUAGGGGGAGGGAGGGAGUUGCCAAAGCUCUGAUUCCAUGGCCAGUGAGUGGCUGGGGUGGACCCAGAGCUGGGCUGGGGGAAGGCAGAGCAGCUUAACCUGACACGACCAGGAAUCAACCCAGGUAACACUUCCACGUCUCACCACAACCACGGGACUAUUUUAUACCUACAGAAAAGUGAUUUUUUUCUUAUCCAGAGUAAUAACAGGGAAUGUGCAAUUCCUUUCCUGUGUAAAUACAGCACAAAUAAAGAAAUAAAGCAUCGUG